CAGAUUACUUCAAGCGAUCAUGCGUUUCUGAGUUCGAUAUACGAUACGAUAUUGUACAAUUUGACGUUGGUUCAUUCUUGUUCAUUUUAAAUUAAAGAUUAUCAUUCGAGUCGCUGUGCAAUUAAUUAAAUCCUCGGUAUAGAAUACUGCAUCGAUUUUAACAAGUAACUAAAUCAUGACAACAAUGGAUUCUGAUUCCGAGAGUCAGGACAGCGACGACGGGCGACGAUUUCGUUUUGAAGCCACCCGCAAAGAUUACGUGCACCCGGAAGCUAAACUCGGGAAGCAUUCGAGGUCAAAGUCGGAAUGUAAAUCUGGCUACGACGACGUAGAUUAUAGAGAUAGAAAAGAGAAAUCUAAGCACGACAGCGGUAGAAGGGAGCACAGAUCGUCGAAAGAGCAAGACGUUGAUAACAGAGAUCUCAAGCAUUCUGCGAAAUAUUCGAAACACACACACGAGUCGAGAAGCUCGAGGCGCGAGGACAGCAAAGAUUACAGAAGCUCGAGGGACGUCAGCAUAGAUUCGAAAAGUUCCGCUCUGUCCUCGAAGCGUAAAACGCGAGACACGAAACGUUACAGGGAUCAAGAUCGGGGCGAGCAUCGUAAACACAGAUCCCAGGAACGAUCUCACAGUAGAAACGACGACGAUAGAUCCCAAAAUGACAAGUAUAGGAACAAAUCUCACGAGAAGUAUAAGCGACACUCGCGCGACAGAAGCCGCGACAGAAGCUACCAGUCGCAUAAAUCGAGAUCGUCCGAUCAUGGCAGAUUUCGAGGUGAACUCGAGAGGCACAAUUCCCAUAAAAGGAUCCCGAUAAAAGAGGAUGUGGAUCAACAAUUGCAAGAAUUAUCGUCGCCAAAAAACCCGGAACCAGGCCGUACCGACAAUGAAUUAUUAACGAAAAAAGAUUUGUCGGAGAGCCAAGAGUACAAAGAGUUGGACUUGUCCGAGUUUGACGUUCUGUCGGAAACGGACGAGAAUCUGUCCGAUGGUUCAGACGUAGGAAAUAGGUGUUUAUUCUCGCGGCACCAUAAGACAAAGACGAAAAAACGAAACUCGAACGACGAGUGCGAGAGCGCGACGAAAAAGCAAGCGAUAGAAAGCGAACACUCGGACGGCUCGCCAAAGGUAAAUGCAAGGAAGAACGACGUGUCGUCUGGUUCCAGUAAUAAUAAUCCUGGUGCCGUUUCAGAUUCCGCAUUAGGUAUCGCGUCGCCUAUAUUGACGGAAAUAACGGAAGACCGUAUAAAUAUCGUCGAUGAAAGAUGCGAACCCGAAUCGAGAGAAAAGACGGUUGAUUUGAAUAGCGAAGAAGAAAAUUUUAGUAACGACGAGAAAGCUUCCUCGCGGCUUGGUAAUUCCGAUUCUUCGAAAGCAACAGAGAUCGGUGCUGUCGAAGAAGACACCACGUACGGGCCGAACUUACCACCGCCAUUAAUAGUUGAUUCUUCCAGUAAUGUAAAACCAGUAAAGACUACGAAUUUCAUAGGACCUUGUUUGCCAGAAAUUGACGAGCGAAAUGUAACUGAACGAUCCGACGUUGAUACGAGCUGCAACGACGAGAACGAUUUAAGCCAAGAGGAUUCCGACGCGGACUCGGACAUGAUUUUCGGUCCGGCGUUACCGCCGCAUUUGUUGGAGCAAACGUGCAGCGACGAGACGAAAGCGAAAAUCAUAGGCCCCGCUAUUUCGAACGCGAUAAAAUCCACCGAUAACGACGAAACGGAACAGCCAGAGUCCGAGAACGAAGACGAGAUCGGCCCUCUGCCGGCCAAUCAUCCCGCAUUAAGAACUAGCAAUGUGUACAAACAGCUGGAGCAAAGGGCGCAACAAAUAAAGAAUGAAAAAAAGGACGAGGACGAUGGUGAUUUGAAGCAACGCGAAGAAUGGAUGACGGAGUUACCUCCGGCGCAGGUCAGUAAUCUAGGAUUAGCGCCGCGAAAGUUUCGCGUUAGGACAGGCCCGGACAUGUCCGACAGGUCGUGCUGGACAGACACCCCGGCAAAGAAGGCUGAAAAACAGAGGCAACGAGAAGAAGACGCGUUCUAUAAUUUUAAAACAUCGACCACAGAGCCGCCGUCUCAAGAAAGUAACGAAACCGAAGGUGGAAAAAGUAGAAAGCGCGAGAAAUCGCUGUUAGAAGUUCAUCAGAGCAAACUUGAAAAGAAAAAAAAGAAAGAAGAGAAAAAGGCAAAAUUAAGUGGGCAAACGGUUAGGAGACCGUUCGACAGGGAUAUUGAUUUGCAGAUCAAUAGAUUUGAUCAGGCUCAGAAGAAUGCUAUCAUAAGCAAGGCGCAGUAUCUCGACGAAAGGUUCUCUCGUGGAAAGAUCUAGUAAGAUUAUAGUAAAUUAAUAAGAUUUUACAAAGGUAAUAAGUUUUGCGCAGUGUACAUUUGUAAUUUGGCUCCUGUAAGCGAUAUUGCUAAUGAGUGCCUUCAACUACAAAUGAUGUAAUUCGAUUUUCAUUUACAACGGGAUCGAAUUCACUUUUUCUUUUAAAUUUAACUUUUUUCCACUUGUUCAAUGCUUAAUGGUUUUUAUCGAUUGAUCAUAAUUGUAGGUGGUAUUAACGUUAAUAUUAUGAAACACCACCCUCUUUCGAAAACACCAAUUUCCGCAACAUAUAUAUAGUACAUUACGGUGUAAAUUCGAUUAAUUACUAUCUAAAUAUGUAUAGACAGCUGUGUUAUACAUGAAAUAUAUAUUUUAUUCACUUUACUGAGAUUCAUAUCGACUUAAAUCUAUAUUGUGUAUGUACAUUACACUAUUGAAUUGUAUACUUCGUAAAUGAUCGUUCUUCAUGCCUGUGAUGUAUAUAUACGUGUAAUAUUCAUCUAUUGUAUCAUAAAACAUUGUAAUCCAGUAAGUAAUCAAACCUCACGUAAGUAGAAAAAAAACGGAACCAUAAAAAGACAUACAUUCUACGAACUUCGAAAACGAAAUACGCUUCUCCUUUUCCGUUCUUUGUAUCACAGAAUCAACUUUGUCUGUGAUAAUACAAAAAAAAAAAAUGUUUGGAUGUAUUAAAUUUGUAGUCGAAUGUAAACAAUUUAUGAUUGAACCACGUGUACUUUAAAUAUACUUUUUACGAGAAUUAUAUUAUGUACAUUCAAUUUGUUUAAUAAACCGAAUAAAGUUUUUUACUCCGCCUAAAAGUAUCGAACGUUUUGAAUAUAUCGAUUAUAACAUUAACGUAUGAUACUUCGUCGUACAAACAAUCUGAUCGCACCUCCUUCAAUCUGGACACGGUUCCGCAACGUGAAAAUCGAUGCGAUUGCGAGCCUGACAUUUAAUUGAAUUUAAAUUUAGCGCUUCCCACCGCAUGAAUAAGCACGUCCGGCAUAGCUCUGUCAUAUAGUUCCGUGUGAAAAUAAAGGAAAAAGUGUGUACAUAUGUAUGACAUCCGCGUGACUUCACUGAUCGAGUCGCGAAACAAUUUUGUUUUAAAUUGGAGAAGUCGUGUUAAUCGUUUUCGCGUUACGUAUGAACGUUGGAUCGUUUGUCGUGUCUGUAUUUAUGAAUGGGGCACUCCUGUACGGUAGUGGAAUCUUUGACAUUUUCUCGUGAACGUUGCUCGAUUGUUUGAUCAAACGGCCACAGUCGGUUCUUGCGUCGUUGAACUCGUUCUACGCAUUUUGUCGCCGAGAUCGGUGGUAACCACGUUGCUCGAAAAAACAUUCUCAUAACCUCAAAACCGAGGUGGACCGAGGAGAAGAAGGGUGUAAAUGACACGCGACGGAUGAUAAAUGGUGUGCAUCUCGUUGCACGCUGCUGAUAUACCUACGAAAUUUACGUGCGCGUGGGCGUACGCGUGCAUGUGCGCAUACAUGUAUAUACGUAUUACGCCGUUAAACGUCCCCUGCGUGUCGUAGGCUGUGCAUUUUUUUCUGGAUGAGAAAAGAAAGAAGGGUAUCAGUACGUAUAGAAAUUAUCUAUGUAUGCACACGCGUCGAGUAAUACGGCCGAUAAGGAGAUAUUCAGGGUUAAAUUUGCACAGAUCCCUCUUGUUCUUCGUACCUGAUUACUGUGUUCCCCGUGUAUACGACAACAGUAUUCUAUUCCACGUGAUGGAUGUAUUGGUAUAUUUUAAUUGAAUCUAACGUAUAAUGAGUCGCUCAAGAAAAUUUUUAACGGAAUAUUAAAGUUGACAGGACAGCGUAUACUUCUGAUAUUU